AGUGUGUACCGGAUCGUCGUGGUGAGCUGUGCGCGGAAUAAGAGACAGGAAAAGGAUUAGCUGAUCCGAUCGUCUUGGGAUUGUCUUGGGUACCAACAUGAAGUCUAAAUAUAUAAAGGCCUUCAUCUUUGCAAGUAUAUUAUCAGUUGGUUUUGCUACCUUUGGACACGAACAUGUGCAUAUAAGGAUACAUGUGCCGGAAAUUAUACAACAUCACGACAAGAAAGUCAUAAAGUAUGAGGAUCACGGCGGGGGUAGUAGUCACGGCGGUGGAGGAAGCGGUGAUAACCAUCACAUAGAAAUUACUAGUCCCGGAAAUAUCGGAGGUGGUUUGGGGGGUGGACACGGUGAUGGUUACGGAGGUGAUCACGGUGGUGGUUUUAGUGGUGGUUUCGGAGGUCAUGGGGGAGGUCACGGCUUCGAUAGUGGCGGCGGUGGUCAUGGUGACUUUGGUGGAGGUGGACACGGAGAUAUCAUCAUAGACCAUGGUGACGGAGGAGGUGGAGGUGGCCACGGAGAUAGCAGUUUCGAUGGUGGACAUGGUAGUGGUUAUGGCGGAGAUGGCGGUGGAGGUGGCAAUAUAAUCAUAGAACAUGGAAAUCAUGGUGGUGGUGGCGGUGGUAGCGGUGGUUACGGCGGCGGUUUUGGCAGUGGUCAUGGUAGUGGUGGCGGUUAUGGUGGGAGCAGCAAUUUUGGUGGUGGACACGGAAGCGGUGGCGGUAGUGAUAUAAUCAUUCAUGACAGCAGUCAUGGUGGAGGUGGUGGUUAUAGAGGAGGAGGAGGAUUUGGCGGCGGUCAUGGUGGAAGUGGUGUUAUGGAGGAGGAGGAGGAUUUGGCGGCGGUCAUGGUGGAGGUGGUGGUUAUGGAGGAGGAGGUGGAUUUGGUGGCGGACACGGUGGCGGCGGUGGUGGUGGCGAUAUAA